AGGGAGGCAGAGAGCCAGAGGGAGGCAGAGAGCCAGAGGGAGGCAGAGAGACAGAGGGAAGCAGAGAGACAGAGGGAGGCAGAGAGACAGAGGGAGGCAGAGAGGGCCACAGAAUGGGAGAACCAGAGACAAAUGCAGGAAGUCAACAGACUCAAACAACUGCUGGAGCUGCUGAUGGUGGACCUACAACUGGCCCACGUAAGACAUGUCAUUGUUAUUAUUAAAAGGCAGUGUAUAUUCACCCGGCUGAAAAUGAAUGGCGGCAGACAGCUGUAUGCUAACCCAAUGUUAACUUUUAUGCCUUUCCUAAACGUUAACCCUUACCUUAACCUCACUGAAACUAUACCUAACCUUUACCAUAACCCAACCCUAGGUCCUAAACCUAACCUUCAUUUAUCUCAACCCCUACGCCUUUCUUCUGCCGGUUGAAUAUCCACUUCCUUAUUAACGUCAUUACUGUUGUUGUUGAUAACUGUAUCUGUGCAGGUUGUAAAUAAUUGCAUUAGUGAAACAUCAUUUGUAGGAGUAAUUUCUACAAGCAUAAACAUCAGAGGCAACAUAAAAUUGCAAUGGGAAUUUCUCAACCCCCUAACUGAAUGGGCAAGCUAGUUGUGUGUUUGUAUUUGUACACAUUUUGGACAUAAUUGAUUCCAUAAAAUGUCUCAUAAUUUUUCAAACCAUGUCAAUACAUUAAUUGACAAUGAAUUGUCCAGAUGAAUUGAUCAAAAUGACCCUGCUAUUGAUGUUGUUCAGUGUUUGAUUCAAUUACCUAGGUCUAAGUUGUAUUUGUAUGUAUCAUUCUCUGCAAAUGCUUUGAAAGUAUGUCUUGGUCAUAGAUUAUCACUAAUUUAACCUUUUAAAUUUAAGCAAGAGAUAGAGAGAUUGAGGCUAUGGCAGAAAGUCAUGGAGGAUCAGCGACCAAGACUGGCCUGGAACAACAAACCUAUUGAGACAGAAAGAGAGAGGGAAAAGGAGAAAGAAAGGGAGAUGGAAAGGGAGAGAAAAGCAGAAUUGGAAAGACAAGAAAUGAAGAAGAAAGUGAAAGAGGCAGAAGAAACGAUAAAAGUGUUAGAACGAGAGAUUGAGAGAUUGAAAGAGACUGAAAAGGAAAUCAUAUUUGAAAGAGAAAGAGACAUGCAUAUUGCAGAGAAUGAGAAAGUCAAACUGGUUAACGAAAAGGUGAAAGAGUUAGAGAGAGAGGUUGAGAGACUGAAAGAAGAUAUGACAACAAAAGAGAUUCAAUACAAAAUCAAAUUUGAAAGAGCGAAAGAAGCAUAUAGAAGACAGGAUGAGAGAGUGAAACAGGUUAACCAAAAUGUACUAGUGUUAGACAGAGAGGUUGCGAGAAUGAAAGAAGAGAUUAGAUUGAAAGACGAGACUGAACCAGAGAGAACAUUUGAUAGAGACAGAGAGAGAGAAAAUGAUUGGAGACGAAGUGAAGAGGAGAUGAAAAAUAGAGUGGAGAGAGAGAUUGAGAUGGAGACAGCCCUCAUCAAUGACAAAAAGAAGUCUGAAUUGGAGGAAGUCUUCAAGAAAAUCAAGGAACAGCUGAAAGAAUUAGAAAACAUGGAAACAGACAAAUAUAAAUGGAAACAGAACCAAAUGGACAUGGAGGAGAAGAUGGAGGGUGAGCUCAACAAACAGAAAGAGGUAGAAAGAAAGAGAAUGGAGAAAAUACCAAAACAGAGACAACAAGAAGAUGAGAAGAAGGAGAUGGAGAGAGAAGAAGAAGAGGAGAGACGCAAACAGAAGCACAUAGAGAUGGAAGAGGAAGAAAGAGGGAGAGAAAAAGAGAAACAGAGAGAGAUCAAAAGGAAGAGAAUGGAGAAGAGACAGAAAAAUAUGGAAAGAGAAGAAGAGAGACAGAGAGAGAUUGAAAGAGAGUAUGAAGAAGAAAGAUGUAAACAGAAGCAAAUAGAGAUGGAAGAGGAAGAAAGAGAAGAAGAGAAGGAGAGAAAGAGAACGUUUGAAAGAGAUCAAGAAGAAGAAGAUAUAUUGAAACAGAAGCAAAUUGACAUGGAGAAGGACGGAAGAGAGAAGGAGAACAAGAGACAGAGAGAGAUAGAAGAGAUACACAGAGGACAACAACAAGAGGAGAGACAGAAACAAAUGGAGAAAGAGAAAGAAAGGGAGAAAGACAAUGAGAAUCAGAGAGAGAUGGAAUUAAAAGAUCAGCAACAGAAAGAGAUGGAGAAAGAAAAGAUGAUCAUGAGAGAGAGGGAGGAAGCAGGAAGAAGAAAGGAGGGGCAGAAAAAUAUUUUUGGGGAAAUUGAAGGACAGAAUGAACUGGAGAUAGAACAGGAGAGAGAGAUGGAAGAAAAGCAUGAAGUGAUUAAGGAAGCAGAGGAAGAGUACAGGGAAAGAGAAGAGAGAGGAAAGGAAGUAAGCAUGAAGAAACAUGUAGUAGUUAAUGUUAAAGCAAAAGCACGGGAAGUCUUCAAUAGACGUAAAGAGAGAAGGUUAGAAGUGUUGAAGGGGGAACGAGAACACAUAGAAAGAGGACAACAAAUCAGGAGGGAGAAGGAGGAAAGACGGCUGGAGAUGGAAAGAAAACAGGAGAGGGCAAGACAACAAGAGGAGCAGGAUAAAAAACAAGAGAUUGAAAUUGCUAGACAGAAAGAAAUGUUCAGACUAAGAGAGGAGGAGAGGCAGAGAGAGGAGGAGAGAAAGAGAGCCGUUAAAGGCCAUUUAGCUUUAAUCAGAGAGAGAGAGAUAAUAGAGGCAAACAGAAGAGAGGAGAUGGCGGAAGAGGAACGAAGGGAGAUCCUUGAAAAAAACAAGAGGGGUGACUUAGAGGAGGAGGAGGAAAAGGAAGAAGACAAGGAGGACAUUCUCCCACCUGAUAAAAGUAUCCGAAGGAGAGCUGUGGGCUGGCUAAAUAAGAAGUGGGAGAAGAGGAACAUCAAAAAGAUCGAGAGAACGUAUCAGAGAGAAGCUGAGGAGGGCUAUAAGAUCGUCCACAUAGCCAUCCCUGGACACACAAGGCUAACAACCACCAUGACCCGGGCAGAGAGAGAGAGGGAGAAGAGGAAGGAGCUGUUGAAGGCUGAGGAGAGAAGGAAGAAGAUGGAGGAUUUCAAUAAGCAGUGGAGAGAGCAGUCCCUGCUUAAAAAACAAAUUCAUCAGAAACUGAAGGAGGAGAGAGGGAAGAUGAAGGGACAUUACCUGGAGCAGAUGAAUCUGGAGGCUGAUGCUCAAAUCAACACCCGGUGUCUCACCACCCAACACAGCCACGAUUAUCUGGAGACAACACAGCCCACUGGAUCUGGAGAUGGCCACCAGGAAAGGCCAUGGAGGCAACAGGCAUGGGCAGAGAACCAGGAGGGGAGUUCAGAGAACCAGCAGGAGUGGCCAGAGAACCAACAGGUGGGGGCAGACAGCCAGCAGCUAGAAGCUCCAGAAGAGGCUGAAACAUCAGAGCCAACCUCCAAGAACAAGAAAAGGCCAGGCAUCUGGAAGAGAAUUAAGAUGGGCAUUCCUGACGUGCUGUCUGCCUAGAGCUGGAACUCGAAGAAGCCACAGUUCCACUGAGGUUACGUUGGUCAUUAAAAGGGUCGCCCAAUAAUUCCUCCUCCUCUAUAAGUCAUCAAGCCACAUUUCCUCCACAAAACAUGAUAGUCUCCUCAAGCCAGCAAGUAUCCUCUUUAUCAGGCAACAAACCAUCGAAGGUCAGUGACCCUCCUCCCCAGAGCAGAGGUUCUCAUCUUUAUCCUAAUUAAUUUCAUCUCUGCUCACCACCUCUACUGUCCUAGAAAAUAUCGCCAAAUGGACAUGGUUUGAACAGAAGUCCUCCCCUCAGACCAGUGGCUCCACAAACCAGGGUUUUUCAUCUUUAUUCAAGUUGAACGCAACUCUGAUCAUUUCCACCACCUCACCUGUUAAGGGGAGGUGCUGAAAAGGAGGUCUGGGAGGAGGUCUGCAUGUAGCCUAGACUGGACCGGUAGCAGCUAAGUUGCUGGCUCCAUCCCCAGGCAGAGCUGCUCAAGUCAGGCCAGUGAUGUUUGACAAUGUCAUUUUUGUUAUUA